AUGCCAAUUUUAUAUUUUCACUUCACUUUUAAGGAGAGAGAGAGAGAGAGAGGCUCGAAGAGAAGUCUAAGGCGUGGAGUUAUCCAGGAAUUCAAGCUUGAACUUUCACUGAAUCAAUGGAGUCCUUUGGCAAUUCAAUGGUAGCUGGACCUGCAACUGUUAUCUAUCUGUCAAGCAUUCUUGGCCAAGAUGAUGGCCCGAACCCUGCUCACAAAUGUGAUUGGAAAUGUGAAAACGAAAAUGUGUGCGGGAACAUGUACAGAUGCAGACUAACUGGGCUGACACACAUUUGUGACAAAAACUGUAACCAGAGAAUUUUGUAUGACAAUCAUAGCUCCCUUUGCAGGGUGAGCAGGCAGAUUUUCCAACUUACCGCAGCUGAAGAGAAUGCUGUGAAAGGUAUACGGAGGAAGCUUGAUGCUGAUAGUUCACCCCUUGACAGCUGUGCUUCCAAGCGUAGGCGAGAUUCAACAUUUCAUCCAUCACCGUUUGAGAGAUCUUUCUCUGCUGUUACUCCCAUUUGCAGCCAAAUUGGAGAUGGAAUGGAUAUGAGCUAGAUCAUAACUCGUUAUUCUACGUCACUUUUUUAGUAUUUUGCUCUCAUGAGACAAUAAUGCAAAAAAACACUUUGAUAAGGCCUUCCUAAUAGCAGACUGGAAAGUCUUGCUAAGUCUGUAGGAGAUUCUUAUAUUGAACUGAAGUACCUUCCAUUACUUACUAGGUGAUCAACUUUAUCAUGCAUUUGGAGUUAUUAUUGUUAUUAUUAUCAUCUCAUUUGAGUUCCAUUAGUGCAACGUGAGAGCUAAAUAUCUGACAAAGUGGAUUGGUUUCUUUCAGCUUCGUGCAUCGUACUGCUAAUAAAUUUGCUGAUUGGUUGUAGUUUAUUAUGUUAUCAAGUGUCGAUGGAAUGGAUUGACCAUGGUUUCUUGUGUUGUAUUGAUUAGCUUCUUGCAAAUUCCUUUUUUGACACUUGCUCUUAAAUAGUGUGCCUUCACAUGACAGGUUGUUUUUGGAAACACUAAUGUUGUUGCGUCAUUUUAAAGAAACUUUCCAUUUCAAGUCUAGCUCAUUUCUUUGUUUAGUCUACUUAAGCUAAACUGAUGUUUAUUUCUUUACUUCUGUCCUUUUCAGGUUUAUGAAUAUUAGCUGAGCUCAUUUCUGGUUCUUUGUUAUUUAGACGUUUAUCUGUUAUUCUCUUCUUUACAAGCUGUUACAAUUCUGGUUCCUUACAUGGUGUUGUUUUUGCAGGAACUGGGGUUAAAUAUCGGAAAAUUGAUAUAUAGCAUCAUAUAUUUUGUAUUUAAAUACUCUGUGUUUUCUUAAUAAGGAUAAGGAUUUAAUCAGUGAUAAUAGAAAGGAGUGUCUGAUCGUUUUACUAAUAUUCUUGUUUAAUUCACGCAGGAAAAAACAGUUCACCAAAUAUGUGUUUCAGAACUCAAAAUUCUUAAAAUGGUGCAUGUUAUGUUCAAGAGAUGCCUACCAGCCGAAGUCGAGACCUCUUCAUCCAGGGCACACUAUGUUUUCCUCCUACAUUAUUCUACAUCAUCUCCCUAAUCUGUUAACAGAGAACCUGUGACAACUUAAUUGUUUCGGCAAAGUAGUUGAACUGAUGCGCAACUACUUACUACCUACCCAUCUUAAAGAUACUCAGGAUCUUCAGGUAUUGUUUUCUUGCCUUAGGACAUAACUAUAGCCGUUAGACUUUCAAAUAUUUUUCUCUGGCAGUGAUCUUUAAUGCAACACUUUCAUCUGAUCAGUUAAUCAUCUCCAGAUUUGUGGAACAGAACAAGAAUUGUCUAAAAUUUUAAUCAUUUGUAUGAUUAGCAUGUUUAAUGGUAAAACUAGAUACGAGAUUUGAUUUCUGUGUUGCUUUACAGUAUUACACUAUCUUAAGUUUAAUAAAGU